CCGCCGCCACCGCUCCGCCCCAUGCCGCGCCCCGGGACCGGGGCUGAGCGGCGGGGAAGGGCGGCGGGCAGCGGCUCUCCCGGGGCCCCGAGGAGCUCCCCCUGGCCGCACGGAGCGGCAGCGGGGCCCCGCGGGCGGAGCCGGCAGGCUGGGAAUGGAGCGCACACUUUGGAUGUCAGCAGUGGGACAUUUUACCAGAACAAAGCAUCCCUGGGACCACUGUCUAAUCAAUGGCUUCUAAGUGCAGGAGCUGUUAGCCUGGAAACAAGCCCUACAAGAUGCCAAGUGAGGUGCUCGAGAGCAGCAGUGGGAUGGAGGAGACGGUGCAGAAAGAGAGCAAGUCCGGGACCCACAGCCCUCGCCACAGCUCUGCAAGGAAGGCGGUGGCAACCACGGUCACUUUUGAUGGGGAGGCCACUACGGACCGGAGGAAAAAGAAGAAGAAAGAGUCCCGUCCCGAGUCAGUAAUAGUGUAUCGGUCGGAGAACGAGAAUAAGGUGGAAGAGGAGCAGGCAGAUGAAGAAGGAGGGGAGAGGAACUCUGAGGAAGGCUCAAAGUUUCUGGGUCAGUCCACGACAGACGGUGUCUGGAACAUGCCUUUAGACAGCCGAUACGUCACCUUGACUGGAACAAUCACCAGAGGAAAGAAGAAGGGUCAGAUGGUGGACAUCCAUGUCACACUAACAGACAAAGAGCUGCAGGAACUGACGAAGUCAAAGGAACCUCCUAAAGAAGACGUACUUGAGAAGAAAAAGAAAUGUGAUGUUGGGCUCGACAGGGGACCCCACAUCGUCCUCUGGACCAUCAUCUGCCUCCCCGUUAUUUUUGUGGUGUCCUUUGUGGUUUCAUUCUACUAUGGAACCAUUACAUGGUACAACAUUUUCUUGGUAUACAACGAAGAGAGGACCUUCUGGCACAAAAUCACCUUCUGCCCCUUUUUGAUCAUCUUCUACCCAAUUAUAAUCAUGGUUGUGUCUUUUUCCCUAGGCCUGUACUCGGCUGUGACCCAGGUAUCAUGGUCCUUUGGGGACUGGUGGCAUGCUGUCAGGGAUAUGGAGAAGGGCUUCUGUGGCUGGCUCUGCAGCAAGCUGGGUUUGGAAGAUUGUUCUCCGUACAGCAUUGUUGAGCUGCUAGAUUCUGAUAAUAUCUCAGGUAGUCUCUCUGGCAAGAGCUCUGCGCAGGGUGUUGAGACUUCAGCAGUCUGAGCCUUUGUCCUGACUGACUAUUUUGGUCAUACGUGAGUGGUUUUCACCUAGAAAAUAAGACACUGAUUUUAUAUAUAUAUAUAUAUAUAUAAACACAAAUAAAAUAUCAGGCUGGGAGUACUCUUUAAAUGUCACAGAAUGCAAGUGCGCUAGCUUCACGUGGUGUUUGUGGGGAGGUGCAUGGCUCUCCAGUGAUUUGUCAUCUGUUUUAGCUAGUUACAACUUUGGGGAAUAGCGAGAAAACCCAGGUCUGUGGGGCUCAGGCUGUUUUGCAGGUGACAGAGGUAUAUGCUGAAAAGACUACUUCUGUAAAGUUAGACUUCACUUUUUGGGAAUAGGUCAUAACAGAGACCUGUCAACCCAGCGAAAAAAAGUCUAUAUGCAGGGGAUGAACUUCAGGAGGUCGGAAACUCAUUCAUAAGGGAAGGAUAAAUUGCGAGAUUUGUGAUGUUCCUGCAGUUGUCCUAGAAAGGAUCCUUUUUCAGUUCUUCCAAAAAAAAUGCAAAAAACCUUUCAGGUGUGCUAACUGCCGAGAAACUGUCAGUUUGAAAAACCAGUGCACCCCAGUAGUUGUGCCCGGCCUUCCAGUGGAAGAGGACAGCACAGCCUCUGACAAAGGCAGAUCUGUGCUGACCUGAGACGCAUCCCACACGUGACUUGCUCAGCAAAGCCGCGCGUAGGCGCUGCACAUCACCAGGUGACUGUAGGUGCACGCACGUCCUUGAGACCUUCGAUCUCUUGCUGGCUGCACUCCUACGAGGGAAUGGGCUACAGGAGUCUUAUGCAAGAGAACGGCUGGGAGUGCGAAGCGCAAACAGUUGCAGUGCUGGGAAGAAACGCCUGCUGUGAGGCAGGGCGAUCAUUUCGGGCGUCACCGCAAUGUAUGUGUGGUCUGGUGGCACCUCAGUUUAGGAAGGUGGCGUUGAAGAUGCUUGAGAUGGGAAAGUCUCACUGAAGUGGUCAUUCCAGCUUUCCAGUUGCUGUUACGGAGGAGAUGCUGAACCAUCCCAUGCAGAAUGGGGCGUCCUUGAGCCUGAACCUCUUAGCACCAGUGCAAAGCGCAUCAGUGCCUCCGCUCCAGAAAUCUGCUCCACCACCCCCUGCCUCCUGCAGGAGGAGCAGGAAGAGCAUGGAAGAGCGACAGAUUGUACAUCCCCUUCCCACCAUGUCUCAUUUUCGUAACUGACUUCCCUCCUUUUGGGGCUUUGCGUGGCAUCUUAGUGGACUCCCAGGCCAGGCUGAGGUGGCCACCAUAGGCCAGAGAAAUUUUAAUUGUCUUUUUAAAAAAAUCACAAGCAGAAAAGUUUUUUGUCUGGAUUGGAACGUGGUUGUUGAGGUCUCAGCCUAAGGAGGGCACAAAGAAAGUGAAGGAGAGGUUUAAAGGACUGUAAUGGGGACUGAGUUACAAACGUCUGCAACAUCACUAAUUUCCUGAGUGCUCUGGUUCAGCUGGUGCUGCUAGAAAGUCUGGCUCAGCCCCAGCCCAGAAGGGCCCACCAUUUGCAUGCGUGUAGGUAGCUAGUUCAUAGUAUGCCCUAAUGUCUGUAUUGGGGUUUCAUUCCCCUGCCUCCCUGACAGAAGGGGAGCUGCUCUGGUUUUAGGGUCUCAAAGAGAAGCAUUUAGAAACUGGAUUUCACAGGAGCUAAUGUUUCAUAUUGCGUUUCAAGGACGAUCUCAAGGCUACACUAAAUGGCCAUCCCGAUUAGGACAUUUGGGAGCCUGCGAUGGAUGAAGAAGUCCAUUGGAUGCUCUGGGCCUGACACUGAGAAAUAAGUGAAGUUCCUGCUGCAUCCUUGGUCCAUCCCCUUCUGAGAUGUCCAGCCAAAGAAGCCUCUUAGCACUGGCUUGAGAAUUACCAGUGUGAGCAGUGUGUGAGCCAAAUAGAAAGAGCUGGCUUGGCCCCACAGUUUACCGACAAAGCACAGGUGUCCCUGUGCUCAGGUACAGCCAGGCUGCAUUUGCUGCUUCCUUAUGCACAACUAUCAGUUUUUACUGAUGGGGUCUCUAAAGGCAAUGGCCAACUUCCAGCAAAAAGAAAAAAAAAAAAAAAAGGUCCCCAGCCCGUGAGGCAACAGGAAGUAAUUCAGUGGGGUUCAAAGAUGACCUGUGCCACUGGGACCAGUUCACUGGGAGAAAGUUCAGAGGGUGAGAGUUCAGCUGUCACUGCCAAACAGCAGCUGUUCAAGGCUAAACGAAAGGCUGGGGUCAGUAGCACAAAGAGCCUUCAGCUUACAGAGGGUUUGAAUGAUAAGUACUAGCUAGUUACAGAGCGCAGCUAUGUGAAAUGUCUGCUGAGCUGCAGGAUUGCUUUCAGGCAUGCAAACAGCCUGCCAGAACCGAGACAAAACCAAAUCUGUGCCUCUUGCUGCUACGUGAACACAAAGGAGCAUCAGAGGAGGUGUAUUGCCCGCCCUCUGCCAUGGCAGCUGUGCUUCUGGGUAUAGCGAAAGCACUUGGAGUCCACCUUUUGGGGGAUAAGCUGGAACAAUCCAUCAUGUGCUUUCUACUUUAUUACAUAUUCAACCAAGCUUGCCUGUUCGUGAUGAAAUCAGGGUGUUCUGCCACUGAUUUUGAUGGGGGCUACUUUAAGCUUGGGGUUAAUUCUGGUGCUAUUUUUAAAAGUUUUAUUGAGACUUUUCUCAAAACAACUCUGGAUAGCUUUCUCUCUUGCCUGUUAUCUCUUGGAGCUCUUUGCCUGCUGCAAAAUAUAUAAUCAUAAUCACUUGUUGUAAUAGAAGAAAGCACAAGCUUUUGUCUUGUUCUACCUUUGCUUUCAGAAACUCAAAUAAUUUCUGCUUACAUGCCACUGCCAAACUGCAGGGAAUACCAGUUACUUGAUUGUUGAGUGUGUUUCUGGCUGCUGUAGUCUGAAUGUUUUUUUUAAGUACAGAUAGUGUGUGUUUGCUGAUUGUUAUUUUUAAUUGCAUUUUUUCCCCAUCCUUGCUGGCCUGGGUGGAGAAUAAAGAUGUACGUGGCUUAGAAGAGUGCA